CCAUUGCUUCAUCAGAGCCUGAUCUUUUAAUUGCUGUGUUUCUGGUCUCUGGAAGUCUCUUGCAAACCAAUUUUAAUUUGCGACUCUUCUCUCCCAUUCUCAGAAGGCUCCUGAGAAACCUAUUAAUUUAGGCAUGCAAUUGGUUCCACCCACCCUGAAAUCCCUUUUAUUUCCUGGUCUGGGUGCGAUUCUCCAACCUGCAAAGUACUGUGCAGCCAUCCUUUUUCCGAAGAGUUGUUUGUAGAAAAGCAAAGGCUGGCAUUCGAGUAUCGAAGUUCAGAUUGCUCAACGUUGUUGGCAGGCGGUGGAGGGGAGUGGUUCCAUUGGCUAGCAGCCUGAAAACCGACUGCACCGUUGCUGUCCAACCAGCAGGACAGACCCCACCAGAGGUUGGAAGGGAGUUGCCCUGGGAAUCUUCAAUAUUGACUGUGGACCCCAGGAUGGUUCAUGACAUUGAACAAAAAUAAUCCUGCGCAUUGUUCUGGCAGCACUUCUGGAGAGAGUACUGCGUAGAAUUUCUGACAUGGAUGAAGGAAUUUUUUUGCCACUUUUCAAAAAAGCCUGUCCAACUCCAAAGCCCACCUACUGAAGAGAAACUUCACCUGUAACACUACUGCAAACGGCUAUUGAAUCUAAGUGGGCUCUGUUGCUGUCCAUAGAAGUUGGAUCAUCUGGCUGUUACGGAAGUCACUGACUGACUUGUGUCCCCUCUGGUGGGAGUAGGACCCGGCAAAGCAGUUAUAUGGAAAGUAGGGGUGGUGACCUCCAAGAACCAGAACGUAAAGCCAAAAAAGCGGGCUAAGAUGAAAUAAUAUGGAUAAGUGCAGUCAAAUAAACUGAUCAUCUUUUUAAAAAAACAACCUUGUCGAGAGUCCUGUGGGCAGGAGAAACAAGCAGGGAUGAAAGUCCUCAACAUUGACUGUAGGCCUCAUAAGGUCUCUUGGAAUAAGAUCGAACAUGAGUAAAGAAACCAGCUGCUGAUUUUACCUAUUCUGCUCUCACCUUCAGCUGAAAAAUCAGUACUCCACCUUGAGCACUAAUUGCAGCAGGGCUGUCUUGCCCAAUCUCCGCUGUAACUGGAUUCCCUACCUGAGUGAUGGCAUCCAUUUGAUCUUCCCAUGUGAACCAGUCCAGAAAGAAGACCUUGUGCUGCUUUAGUUGUCCUCUUUUGAAGCACAUUCAGAGUAAUGGAAGGGGACAGUGACAUUGUACAUUGUGGAUCAUCAUUUGUGAAAAUUGAAAGGCCUCAACUUGUGGAGAAAAGCAACACCACAUCAGAAGUGUGGAGAUACUUUGGCUUCCAACCUGGGAGUGAUGGUAGACCAGAAAACAUUGAAACUCCAGUCUGCAAAAUCUGUUUCCGUGUCAUUCCAGCAAAGGCUUCAAACACAAGUAAUCUUUAUGCCCAUCUGAAAUCGCAGCACCCUCAUAUUUAUAUAGAAGUGAAGGGAAAACCUAACCAGGCACCACCAACCACUACACCUUCAUCUGGGGAGCCAGGGAGGGAACAGGCGGCCACCAUGCGGGAGAUUUUUCAGCGAAAGGAUAAAUUUGAUCCAAAGCCCAGGGAGCACAGGGAGCUGACCAAGGCUGUGACUUACUACGUCACCAAGGAUAGGAUGCCCCUGAGUACCAUUUCUAAACCUGGCUUUCAGCACCUCUUGAGCAAGUUCAACCCGAGGUAUGAGCUACCAAGCAAGAACUACUUUUCAAGAGUAGCUAUUCCCUCGCUUUAUGCAGAUGUUCGCAAAGUUGUUGAGAAAGAGUUAAAGAGCGGGGAUUGUUUUGCUGCAACUGUUGAAACUUGGACAAGUAGAAACAAUGAAAUGUACAUGACAUGUGGGGUUCAAUAUGUAGACAAUGAUUGGAUCCUCAAAAACCAUUGUCUGCAGACUCAGUAUUUACCAGAUGAACACACUGGACAGAGUUUAAAGUGUGCCGUUGAAGAUGUGUUGGAGGAGUGGGGGCUAGACCCAACCAACCUUGUAGCCAUCACUACUGACAAUGGACCUGCUAUUAAACAUGCCUGUGAGUUGCUGGGCUGGAAGAGAAUAACUUGCUUCAGCCAGAACCUACAGUGUUCUCUCCAAAAGGGUCUUGAGGAUUCCCGCAUUGAACGAAUCAUACAGUUGUCCCGUCAAAUAUUUUCUCAAUUUUCACGCAGUUGGAGGAGGAAGCGGGAUUUUUCUAUAGCUCAGAGUCAGAAAGGCCUUCCAAGGAAUUCACUGAAAGCGGAUGUCAGCAACCACUGGGGGACCACUUUGAAUAUGUUGGAAAGAUUUCUUGAGCAGCAGGAUGCUGUCAGAGCUGUGUUAGCUCAUGACCAUAAAAUAUGUCGUCUUGUUCCAACAUGGCAGGACAUUGAUGUUCUCGAGUCAAUUAUAAGUGUUUUGCGUCCUUUUCGUGAAAUGACUGAAGCGCUGUCUUCUGAAAAAUUCAUUUCCAUUUCAGCAAUCAAUCCUCUUAUAAAGCACAUUUGCAAUGAUCUCGUGAGAGAGGAACAAGAGGAGUUGACUCUUAGUUUUCUCAUGAAAAUGCGAAUCAAGCGAGACCUUGAAAUGCGAUAUGGAGACCCAGAAUUGGUUCAUUUUCUGGAGAAAGUUACAUUCAUUGAUCCCCGUUUCGGUCCCACUUGCGUAGACAAUCUGGAAAAUGUCCUGCAGCAAAUUAAAGGAGAAGUGCUUGCUGGAAAAAUAUCUGAAGAGUCAUCAUUGUUUCAAAUCGGCUUUGAUGGCUCAACUGUUUCUCCGUUGAGCUCUUGCAGCUGGUAUGAUCGAGAGAGCCCAGGGCCGAGUCAGCCAAAGAAGGCCAAAUAUGGUGGAGGACUUGCCAAGGUGUUUGGAAAGCAGAGUGGAGAUGGAGGUGCAGACAAAAUGGUGACGACUUCUGUGUCGCUGCAAGAACAGCUUGACCGAGAACUGGAUUUUUAUUUCAAGGAGCCUAAACUCUCUCUGGAGAGCUGUCCUCUUCAGUGGUGGAAAGCUACUCAGAAUUGUCUGCCUUUAUUGGCAAAGUUAGCCAAAAAGUAUCUCUGCAUUUCUGCAAUGAAUGUAGCAUCAGAGAGAGCAUUUAGCAAUAGUAGUUAUGCACUUACUGAGUAUCGAAGCAACGUGAAGCCAAAGCAUAUGGACCAGCUAGUGUUCUUAGCUGAAAAUCUCCCAUGAGGAUAAGAUUUUUGAGAAGAACUUUUUUUGUUAAAAAUGCAAAGAUGAAUUGUGGCAACAAUAAUGGAAUGUUCUAAGGAUUCUCAAAAUUAAAUAUUUCUAUCUGGAUCACUUUCGGGUAGAUUUGAUGUUCUCUGUAAGCUGGUGAGCAUGGGGUUAGCCCAGUAAUUGUUAAGAAUUAACCUAUUAUUUCCUCAUCAACUUGAACGGUGGGCUGUUGUAUACAUUCACCACUUAGCCUUGCUGUCUUAUCUUGCCCCCACCCCAGACCCAGAAUUGAUGUCUCGUGCUUCUGUGUUAUGCUUUAUUCAGAAUGCUGGCUAAGAACUGACAAAACUCUUGCCCAACUGAGGUGUGAGCAGCAAGUGCCUGACAUACAGGCUUUCCAACCUUCUGGAUUGGACUUGCACAUUGACCAGCUUGAGCAAACCUAUUGGCUAAUAUAUCAGUUGCAUGUUUGAUUUUAAAGAAAAUGUUGGCAUAUAUUAUGAUCUGCUAUGUAUGUCAUUUUUGGUCACUAUCAUAUGAUUUAAUACAUGCUGAACUAAUCUGGGAAGCACUGCCAAUGAACUUUUUCAGCUUGUUGGGAAGUGCACACUGACACUCCACGUGCACUAAAGCAUCAAGAGUGAAGAAUGUGCCACAAAGGGGAUUAGAUAUUAAUUUCAUAUCCCUUCUUACCACGUAGUCUCUUGCUUUGAAUAUUGUAAAAGCAUGUUUGAUAAUGCAAUUUCUGAGAUACGUGAAUAGAGUUCCUGUAGAUGGAAGAUGGAUACUGGAGUACUUUAGUUUAUUUGGCUGUCCCACAAUAUUUUAUGCAGAUCAUUAAAAACCUUGUGUAUAAUGUA